UUCACUGAAAGUUAACUCAGCAAAUGUUUAUUUAGAACUUCCAGUAACUAAGAACUGGAGAUACGAUGGGGAACACUUCUGUGACUUAAAAAGGAUAUUGAUAUACACCCGAGUUAUAAUUAGGAAUGAAAUGGCAAACACUAUAUGCAGUAGUAAAUAAGGACGCCUGGUGGCGCUGCAGGCUAGGAGUAUGAACGAAGGGCUCUGUGGAUGCCCGUGACGCCAUUAAGCUGGGAAUCAGAACUCUGAAUGCUUCCUAAAAGAAGGAAGCAUUUUAGGUAAGAUCUAGGGGCAGAGAUUUUCAGAGAGGGCAUCGUUCUAGUGCAAGUCAGAACUAUCUAAUUCGAGAUUAUUUAACAAAUCACCUGGGUUGAUUGUACACCGACUUGAAGAAACUGCACCUCCUUGGAUCGGAUCUGAACAAUGGAGACUGCGCUAGCAAAAACGCCAUGGAAAAGGCAAGUUAUCUUUCUUGCUAUAUUGUUGCUUUUGUGGGAGGCUGGCUCUGAAGCAAUUAGGUAUUCCAUGCCAGAAGAAACAGAAAGCGGCUCCUUUGUGGCCAACCUGGCAAAAGACCUGGGGCUCAGGGUGGGGGAACUGGCCACUCGGGGCGCGCGAAUCCAUUACAAAGGAAACAAACAGCUCUUGCAGUUAGAUAUAAAGACCGGGAAUUUGCUUCUGUAUAAAAAACUAGACCGGGAGGUGCUGUGCGGGGCGACAGAUCCCUGUAUACUGCAUUUCCAACUAUUACUGGAAAACCCAGUGCAGUUUUUUGAAGCUGAUCUGCAGCUCACAGAUAUAAAUGACCAUUCUCCAGAGUUCCUAGAGAGGGAAAUGCUCCUAAAAAUUCCAGAAAUCGUCCAGCCAGGGACUGUGUUUCCUUUGAAAAUAGCUCAGGACUUUGACAUAGGUAGCAACACUAUUCAGAACUACACAAUCAGCCCCAACUCCCAUUUUCAUGUUGUCACUCAUAAUCGCGGAGGUGGCAGAAAACACCCGGAGCUGGUGCUGGACAAAGCGCUGGAUCGGGAGGAGCAGCCGGAGCUCAGUUUAACCCUCACGGCGCUGGAUGGUGGGGCUCCGCCCAGGUCCGGGACCACUGCAGUCCGCAUUGAGGUCGUGGACAUCAAUGAUAACGCCCCUGAGUUCUUACAGUCGCUGUAUGAGGUACAGGUGCCGGAGAACAGCCCCCUAAACUCCUUAGUUGUCGCUGUCUCCGCCAGAGAUCUAGAUGCAGGAACGAACGGGAAUGUAGCCUACGCUUUCUUCCAAGGUGAUGAAGUUACUCACCCAUUUGUAAUAGACGAAAUAACAGGAGAAAUUCGUCUGAAAAGGGCAUUGGAUUUUGAGGCAACUCAAUAUUACAACGUGGAGAUUGCAGCCACAGAUGGCGGGGGCCUUUCCGGAACAUGCACCGUAGCUAUAGAGGUGGUAGAUGUGAACGACAACGCCCCUGAACUGACCAUGUCGACGCUCACCAGCUCUACCCCAGAAAACUCCCCAGAGACUGUAGUUGCUGUUUUCAGUGUUUCUGAUCCAGACUCUGGGGACAAUGGUAGGAUGGUUUGCUUCAUCCAGAACGAUGUCCCCUUUCUCUUGAAACCCACAUUCAAGAACUUUUACACUCUAGUGACAGAGAGGCCACUGGACAGAGAGAGCCGGGCCGAGUACAACAUCACCAUCACCGUCACCGACAUGGGAUCCCCCAGGCUGAAAACCGAGCACAGCAUAACCGUGCUGGUCUCCGACGUCAAUGACAACGCCCCCGCCUUCACCCAAACCUCCUACACCCUGCGGGUCCGCGAGAACAACAGCCCCGCCCUGCACAUCGGCAGCGUCAGCGCCACAGACGCAGACGCGGGCGCCAACGCCCAGGUCACCUACUCGCUGCUGCCGCCCCACGACCCGCACCUGCCCCUCGCCUCCCUCGUGUCCAUCAACGCGGACAACGGGCACCUGUUCGCCCUGCGGUCCCUGGACUACGAGGCCCUGCAGGCCUUCGAGUUCGGCGUGGGCGCCACAGACCGAGGCUCGCCGGCGCGGAGCAGCCAGGCGCUGGUGCGCGUGCUGGUGCUGGACGACAACGACAACUCGCCCUUCGUGCUCUACCCGCUGCAGAACGGCUCGGCGCCCUGCACCGAGCUGGUGCCCAGGGCGGCCGAGGCGGGCUACCUGGUGAGCAAGGUGGUGGCGGUGGACGGCGACUCGGGCCAGAACGCCUGGCUGUCGUACCAGCUGCUCAAGGCCACGGAGCCCGGGCUGUUCGGCGUGUGGGCGCACAACGGCGAGGUGCGCACGGCCAGGCCGCCGAGCGAGCGCGACGCGCCCAAGCACAGGCUGCUGGUGCUGGUCAAGGACAACGGCGAGCCGCCGCGCUCGGCCAGCGUCACGCUGCACGUGCUGCUGGUGGACGGCUUCUCGCAGCCCUACCUGCCGCUGCCGGAGGCGGCGGCCGAGCAGGCGCAGGCCGACCCGCUCACCGUCUACUUGGUCAUCGCCCUGGCCGCGGUGUCGUCGCUCUUCCUCUUCUCGGUGCUCGCGUUCAUCGCGGUGCGGCUGUGCGGGAGGAGCAGGGCCGCCUCGCUGGGUCGCUGCUCGGUGCCUGAGGGCCACUUUCCGGGCCACCUGGUGGACGUCGGCGGAACUGGGACCCUGUCCCAGAGUUACCAGUAUGAGGUGUGUCUUACAGGAGGCUCCAGGUCAAAUGAGUUCAAAUUCUUGAAGCCCAUUCUCCCCAACCUCCCUCCCCAGAGCGCUGGCCAAGAAAUAGAGGAAAACGCCACCUUCCGGAAUAGCUUUGGAUUCGACUAGGGAUUGGAUCAUGAUGCACUGUUGUCAUUUAUCUCUAAUUUCCCCAGAUACGGAAUUUGAGAGAGUCCUGGAGAAAAAAAUCCCACCUUCAGGUACAGCCUUGAUUUACCGUUUGUAAUGAAUGUGUCCAUUGAACUUUUCUUGUCUAAUUUUGGAAAACUCAAUUCUAUGUCACUGCAUUUAUUUACAGAGUGCCAUUCCAAAUCCAUACAUGCUGUUGAUUUCCCUGAAAUUUUUGGUCCUUCUUUUGGUGUUUGUUGCCAUGAACUGUCUUAAUAAAAUCAAAUAUUAAUUGUUUUUCUCUGUAUUCUAUCCAUUCUGUUUCAUCACACUCUAAGUAUAUUUAGUGAUAAACAGCAAAAAUAAAAAAUGUUUUAACGUAAUUUUCUCUGUUUUGUUUUCAAACGAAUACAUGCAUAUGAUAACAAAUGUAUUAUGUGGGGAAAAUAAUGACGAAAAGCAAUGAUCUUCUAUCUACUCUUCUUUCCUAGCUCUCAUCCCCACUGGCAAACGUUUUUUAAAACAAAAUUUUAUUGAGUUAUAGCACAUAUACAGAAAAGUAAACAAAUCUUUAAUGUUCAAUGUAUUUUCAGAAAGUGAACAUACUUGGUACCAGCGUCUUAAUAAAGCAAUGAAAUAUUACUAUCGUUCCAGGUGCCAUACAAAUUACCCCUUAAAAAUCACUACCAGCCCAAGUAUAACAAAUGUCCUGACUUGUAAUACUAUAGUUUUGCCUGUUUUGAAUUUAUAUAGGUGGAAUAGUAGAGUAUGAACUGUUUUGUGU